CUUUACUUUAUGUACAUUUAUUAAAACAGUAAAAAAUUGAUUGAUAACAAAAAUGUUUGUAUACGAAAUAUGGGGAAAAAAAUUAUAUACCUAAAAAAUGCAUUAAUUAUAAAAAAAGCAAAUUCAUCAAUUUAUUAACAUUUUAAAUGUCAAAGGAAAUAUCAAAAGUUUUACGGCAUAAAAGCCUCAACAAAGUUGUGUUACCAACAUUUUUUAAAAUUGGUCCAACAUUUACUUUGUCAAUUGUAACUUGUAUGUCAUUACUUGUUUUUGUACAGCCCCAACUUGAUACUAAUUACUACAUAGAUGAAGAAUUUCAUGCUCCUCAAGCACGCCAUUAUUGCUUAGGCAAUUUUCAUAUAUGGGAUAACAAAAUUACCACUUUACCGGGCUUUUAUUUAUUAUCUGCAGCCAUAAUAGUUCCAUUCACAUGGGUAUAUCAUAAUUUCUUUAUAUUAUUAGGCUUUGUAGGAAAAAAUGCCAAUUUACAAGAUGAUCUAUGUUCCUUAAUAAUAUUAAGAAUUAUAAAUUCUUUAAGUGCUCCUGCGUGUUUAUAUUUGACAUAUUACAGUUGUCUACAAUUUUUAUCAAAAAGUGAAAAAAAAAGAAGUAGAAAUUCUGAGUGGACACUAAUGUUUCUUGCCUUAAGCGCAGCCACAUUUCCUAUUGUUUAUGCUCCUUAUUCUUUUCUUUACUAUACAGAUGUAUGGGCUACAGUUUCAGUAUUUCUAUGGUAUUCAUGUUAUUUAAAUAAAAAAUCAAGUUUAUAUCUCAAAAUAUUUUUGGGUAUGUUUUCUGUCUUAUGCCGUCAGACAAAUAUUGUCUGGAUUGUAUUAAUUAGUAUUAAUGAUAUAUGCCAUUGUGCUGAAAAAAUGUAUGCUCCUAUUAAAAAGAGUGAUUCAACAAUAUCUUAUAUUCUAGCAUGUGUUAUACAAAUUGGCUAUAUUUCAUUGAAAACCAAAAAUGAACGAAAAAAAUUAGUGUUAUUUCUUAAAAAUUGUUUUUAUGUGACAUUUCCAAAUAUUAUAGUUGUUGUAAUGUUUUCAUUUUUUGUAUUUUUUAUCAAUAAUGGUGAUAUAGUUGUUGGUGACCGUAAAUCACAUAGACCAAGUAUACAUCCAAUGCAAUUAUUUUAUUUUGUAGGAUUUUGUUUUAUAUUUUACAUACCAAGAAUGGUUUUUUAUUUUUAUGAUUAUUUAAUGAAAAGUAGGAACAUUUCUAUACAAGUAUUGAUUUUAUUUUUCAAUGAUAAAUGCUAUAAAAUUUCAUCUAAAAUUUUCAUAACUCUUGUUGGAAUUUCUUCAAUUUUAAUAUAUUUAAAUACCAUGGCUCAUCCGUUCUUGCUCUCUGAUAAUAGACAUUACAUUUUUUAUGUUUGGAAAUUAUUUUAUGGUCAUAAUAAACCUUUAUUCCUAAGGUAUUUGCCUGUGCCAUUUUAUGCAUAUGGGUUGUAUGUGUUAGACUUAAAAAUAAAAAAAGUAUCAUUUGCUUUUACGUUAUCCUACUGGCUAACUACAUCUGGUCUACUUUGUGCACAAUAUCUCUUAGAACCUCGGUACUUUGUUGUUCCAUUCCUGUUUUAUCGACUUCAUACAGAUGCUUAUAAUUCUAAUACUUCGAAAAUGGCAUUUUUUGAAUUUAUCAUAUACCAAUUUAUAAACAUUGUAAUAAUGUGGAUAUUUCUUUAUCGUCCUUUUAUUUCCACAAUGGAUAAUUCAGGGCGUUUGGAUCGAUUUACAUGGUAACUUUUUAUAUGUGAUUAUUUAUUAUGAAAUUUUGUUAAAUUAAGAUAAAAAAAAUGUAUUUUUAUUAAAUUGUAUUAUAAAUUUCAGGAUUAAGAGCAUUGUAUUUUUUUAAAUUAAUAAUAUUUAGGUUUGGUUUUAUUUAAUGAAUUUAUAGAAACAUUUAAUUUUAUAGAAAAAAUUCCAAAAAUUUUUUUUUAUUUAUAAUUUUUUUCUGCAAGACCCAUAGGUGUCUAUUAGAGUAAUAUUUUGAGGAUACUAAAUGUAUUUUCAUCCUACCUUAAAAAAAAUAUAUGUGUAUAACAACAUACGAUUUUUUUUUAAUUAUUAGGAAGCUAAGCUCCUUGUUUUUAUAGCAAGGUUUUCAAAAAUGUUACAGUUCCCUGAAUAAUGACUUUGGUCACCUUCCUUAAACACUGGCUAUGUUAAAUGCAUAGUAAAACUAAAUAAAUUUUAUUUUUUAAUUAUUUUAUUUUAAAAUUUUAAUUUUAUUAUUAAAAUAUUUAAAAAAUUAUUUUGCUCCCUCUAUGAUAAAUUUUUGCGGACGCCCUUGCACGUUAUUUUCUUAUAAUAUAAAUUAAAUUUUUUUUUUAAUUUUUAAUGGAUUGUUAUUUGCUGUAAUUUAGAAAAUUUAAAGUUAGUAUAACUUAUGUAAGUAAGUUAAUUUAAUGUCAAAUAAAUAAUAAUUUAUAUUAUGGACUUAAAUAAAGAAUUUGUUGAGUUUUUAGAACAUUUUUUUCACAAAUAUAAUUAAAAACACCAUGACUAUCAUAGCCAUAAGUGCAAAUAGGAAAUAUUAUUUUGAAUUAUUAACACAUCAUAACUCUUUCUGACAUUCUUAAUACGUGUGAUUUUGUAAAAUAAAAAUAUAGAUAGUAAUUGAUCAA